AUGUCUUCAAUGCAACAGCUCUUUCGCCUACCACUCAGAGGCUCCCUCCGGCUUUCGCGAGUUCGGGUCGGACCUCAGCCUCAGCUCUCCCAAAUACAUCUUCUCCGCAAUCCGCGACCAACAUCAGUACCAACAUUCUCUACAUACGCAGCAUUGUUCAAUUCAAAAAGCCCAAGCAAUGCGUCAGCAGGCCCCGACUCCGACCCAAACAAUGAUCCGUAUCGAACUCCACCUGUCAGCUUAGAGUCCCUUGGUAUUGGGAAAAAUAUGAAGAUACUCUUGCUUGUGGUGCUCUCUGUUCUUGGAACCAUUGAGACAUGGUUUUGGUGCAAAGCCAUCUGGACUUGGUGGAAGGGAGGAGAGAAGGAAAAGGAAAUUGAACCAGGCCGCUGA